AGGGCGUGAUCCAAAACUCGUUGAAAAGACUCCAUCGAUAUCAAUGAGCUGUGGAGGAAGCCCUAAGACUGUCAUUUCAGUUCACAUACGUCACCAAACAGGUCCCCAGAGCAAAGGAAAAUUUCUGAAAUGCAGAAAUGCUUGUUUGUAGCUGCAAAUGGGAAUUUGGAAUAACUGUGAAAAUCGCACUGAAAUAAUUGUGUUUGACUGGAACAAAAUUCUUGCAAAGUCCCCAAGGAUGAGAUUCUGUGCCAAAUCGAUGCUUCUAUCUCACUGGCUCUUUCUGGUCUAUGUGUUAAUGGUGUGCUGUAAAUUGUUGUCCGCCUCUAGCCACCAUCCCCGAGGGCACACAGGCCACCACCAAGUCAAGCAAGGGACGUGUGAAGUCGUCGCAGUGCAUCGUUGCUGCAAUAAGAACCGAAUUGAAGAACGGUCGCAAACAGUCAAGUGCUCUUGCUUCCCGGGGCAGGUGGCUGGAACAACAAGGGCACAGCCCUCUUGCGUGGAAGGUAACACGGUAGCAAAGGAUAAACCUAUGUGUCCUUGCUGGAACAAUGGGAUUUGCAGCUGUGUUGCUUGUCUGUUUUACACAGUCCCGUUUUUUUCUGAGAAUACUGUAGACUUUACGCUUCAAACUUACAAAAUUAGUGAGCAAGAAGGACAAUACUUCUCUUUUUGACUGUGGUGGCACUUCUUGAUGCAGGGUUUUCCCAUACAGAACUGUAGACUUUUCAUUAAAAAAAUAAUAAUAAUUACGACUCUACUGAAAAUACACCUUGAAUUCUCCAGGAUCCUACACCUGCAAGCAAUUCAUAGAAACGCAGACCUGUGCUUCUGAAGUACAUCAACUAUAAGACUUUAUUUACGGCACUGAAGGCUGUGAAAUCAUUUAAACGAUUUUAGAUCUUUCAAGCAGCUUGGGGAAAAAUGGUUACAUUAGAAAGAACUGGCAUAAAUUCAUUAGAAGGUACCAUCUAUCAUGCAGUACAAUGGACCAAUAUAAAGCUGGUCUAAAAGCUAAAUGAACAUAAGGGAUAAUGGUAAUAAACCAUGUCUCUGUGCAUUUUCAGCUGUGAUUUAGUAAAUAUUAAUACUGUAUGAAGGUGAAAAAAUGACUCUCGUAAAUCAGUAGCAUUUAGUGUAUGCCAUACUUUUUUACAAUCUGUGCAAUUAUAUUUAUUUCCUUAGAUAGUUCCAGGUAUUUCAAAUUUUACAUUCAUAAGUGGCAGUGAGGGAAUGCGGGGAAGAGACUAAACCUGAAAAUAGAUGUAGAUUUUAUUGCCCUAAAUAAAUCCGUUCUCUAAGGGAAUAACAAAGUGUAAAUAUUCCUUGCCUCUUUGAUUCCAGAUAUGAAAGAGAAUUUAGCCAUUAGCUAGAAAUAUUUAUUCAGAUGCUUCAAAACAAGAGAGGAAACUAGGACUGCAUAAGAAAAGCUUACUGGAAGAAGGGUAAUUUGUUUAGAUUUUCAUAGCGUUGGCUGUAUUCUAAUAAGUAACUUACUUAAAAUUCAUAAGUCCUAGAUAAAAAAAGGAUCUUCACUUUCAAUUAGCUCUAGUUUAUAAUGAUUAUAAUAAUUAAGUGUCCAGUUCCUUGACAGACUAAAUUUUCAAGCUGAUACACUUUGUGACACAUAAUUGUUCCAUAUUAUUUUAGAUGUAUCUCAUUCUGUUUUUCUUACUCGCCUGACUGUUAGACUUUUAUUUUGUCAUCAGACUUCAUAAAUAGAACCGUAAGAGGAAGUGCAGUUGCAGCCAGUCAUUUCAUGGUUACAUCAUUUUAUGGCUCAAGAUGCAUUGGAAUAGAAGUAAAUGCAAUGACGCAGACAGAUAUCAUACAGAUUAACUGCUAACCCAGCUACUGGAUACAUUGUUAUGCUUUAUGUAAAUAUUACAGUCCUAAUAUACAACUGGUUUUUUAUAUAUCCAGAAAUGCCAAAAAAUUGAGACUGUUGCACUAAUUUAGUUUGCUGUGCACAAGCUUUCUAGCUUACGGGAAAAAUACCAUCAACAAUGUGAAGCUGUUUAGUUUGUUUUGUUGCAGUGAGUAUAAAUAUUGAUCCAAUCUUACUCCCAUUGAAAUCAAUGGCAAAACUCCCUUUUGAUUCCCGUGGGAGGAAGAGAAGGCCCUCUGUUUUGAUUUUGGGU